CUUUCAGUGCAUUUUUUAUCUUCACUUCACACUUCAAACCCAUCACGUCAAAACUCUCUCCCUCUCUAUCUUCUUCACCUCAUUCGCUAUUUCUCUAUCCAUCAUGAGACGCUACUUCUCCAAAUUCAUCCAUUCGCCAAUUCGAUUCAUCACAUCAAAUUCAUCUGUUCCGGUGAAAUUUGAGACAGGUUCUUAUUCUAGUACCAGAAUUUGUAAUCUUCAAUCUUUAUUCAAAGGAAAAUCUAGUCAUUAUUCAACAGGAACUUCUGUAAAAUCUUGUGAUUUGUUAUCCGAAGAAAAGCCGAAAGAGAAUUCUGUUUCUGAUAUGUUGGUUGAUUCAUUUGGAAGGAUUCAUACUUAUUUGAGAAUAUCAUUAACAGAGAGAUGUAAUUUAAGGUGUAAGUAUUGUAUGCCAGCUGAAGGUGUGGAGUUAACUCCUACUGAUCAGGUUUUAACGAAAGACGAGAUUCUGCGAGUGGCUGGUCUGUUUGUGAGUUCUGGUGUGAAUAAAAUAAGGUUGACGGGUGGUGAGCCGACUGUUAGAAAGGAUAUUGAAGAUAUUUGUUUUGAGUUGUCGAGUUUGAAGGGGUUGGAGACAUUGUCCAUGACUACGAAUGGGAUUGUGCUUGCGAGAAAACUUCCGAAGCUUAAAGAGUGUGGACUUACUUCUUUGAACAUUAGUGUGGAUACGCUUGUUCCGGCAAAGUUUGAGCUUAUGACGAGACGGAAAGGGCAUAAUAAAGUAAUGGAUUCAAUUAAUGCUGCGGUUGAUCUUGGUUAUGAUCCGGUUAAGGUCAAUUGUGUUGUAAUGCGUGGAUUCAACGACGAUGAAAUCUGUGACUUUGUUGAGUUGACGCGUGAAAAGCCAAUUAAUGUCCGAUUCAUUGAGUUCAUGCCUUUUGAUGGAAAUGUUUGGAAUGUCAAGAAACUUGUACCUUACUCAGAAAUGUUGGAUACAGUGACGAAACAGUUUGCUAGCUUAAAAAGAGUUCGGGAUCACCCGACAGAAACGGCCAAGAAUUUCACCAUAGAUGGACAUAAAGGAAAAGUUUCAUUCAUCACAUCAAUGACUGAACAUUUUUGUGCUGGUUGCAAUAGAUUGCGACUACUGGCCGAUGGAAACUUAAAAGUUUGUUUGUUUGGACCUUCAGAGGUAAGCUUAAGAGAUCCCAUGCGGAAUGGUGCAGAGGAUCACGAGCUUAGGGAGAUAAUAAGCGCGGCGGUGAAGAGGAAGAAACCUUCACAUGCCGGUAUGUUUGACAUAGCUAAGACAGCGAAUCGGCCUAUGAUACAUAUUGGUGGAUAAGGUAUAUAUCGUAUACUGUUAAAGCUCGCUCAUAUGGCAAGACACGAGAUAAGCCCCAAACAAAAGCUGUCCGAACUAAGCAGUGAUCGAGAUCUUCGCCAAUCUCACUCUACCCGGGGCGAUAUGUUUUCAAGUGUGAGCACGCAUUUUAUUGAACAUCUGUACUUUUAGCAAAAGUAUGAAAGGGUUGAAGAAUAAUGCCAAUCUGGUCAUUUAUAUUUAGAUCAUGUUGAUCUUUCUGAGUGGAUAGUUUAUUUAAAUUUUAAGGUGGCUUCUUGUUGUAUUUAUAUAUAUGAUGAGUUACAUAGCAAAUUGGAAUUUUGAUAAGAUUU